AAAAUGCUCUUUGUGAAGUACCUUACCGCGAUGAAAAUCGUAAAACAUUGGAUAGUUUUAUUUUCUCAUUGACUAAUCGUGCGAACCCUGUGUUAAGCAGGGUUGUGACGAAUGCAAAGGAUCAAGCAAUUUUCUGGGACGGAAUGAAAGGUCCUUGUUUUGGUGAAACCGAUUUGUGCAUGAAAGCAUCUAUAGAAUCGGCUGAUGCCCCAAUCACUGUUUCGACGACUUAUUCUUCAAUGUCGCCAUCAACUUCAAUUCGACAACAUUCUCAAAUUAGCUGG